AUGGGUUUGGGUCGUGAUGGUGGUGGACCCACUGCCCGAGGCGGCGCCCUCGCCCUGCGCGCCGCCGCCCCACGACGCAUGCGCAGGACUAACCGAGCAACGCCUCACACGACCGCCGCUGCGCUGCGCUGCGAUGGUUCUCUUGAGCUCUCGCUUCGCUGGUUGGGAGAGGAUAUUGGGGACGGUAUAAGGGGCGGCGCCGGCGAGAAAUCGAAGCAGGCGAAGCGACCGAAACUCAGCCUCCGAUGGAGCAGAACUCUCUCCGUCCACGUGGGCUCGCCUAUAUUAACGAGUGCACAGAGCCAAACCUCAGUUGGGUGCACCAAAAACUUGCGCCACACGUUGACGAAGGCUGCGACUUUAUUUCCUUGGGUGAACUGCGGCUUCACGGGGGGCGAUCUGAUAGGAUUGAGUGCCACGAUUCACCGCCGAUUCUCAAUCGAUAAGAUCGCUCCUGCGAUCAGGCAAAACCAGACCGUUGGUGCGCCAGAACGGGGACUUUGUGGUCCCCAGCGCUUUGUGCUGCACCGCUUUCAAAAGUCAGGAGCUGGCGAAUUGCCACAAUCAAACCAUCUGCAAUCGGAGGAUAGU